AUGGAGAAGAACUGCGGGAUUCCUGACUACAAGGAAAUCCUUCUUCAGAAGCAAUGUGCCACUGAAAGCCAGUUGGGGGGAGGCAGCAAGAGGGGCCGGGUGGGGGGAUUUAUGGGGAAAAGGAGGCAGGCCUGGAUGCGCUCUUUACCUGAUACAGAAAUACUUUCUCUUGGAGUUUUAUUUUGCCCCAAAUUUCCUGGUUUGCCUAGCAACCCAGGGGAAGCAGAUGGCUGGUUCUAUCAGAAUUACUGCAAAGGCCCNGUCUUUUCAACCUAUUGCAGGGUUGACGCCCCGGGUCCAACCGACGGCGGCAGCACCAGCAGCAGCAGCUACCCAAGCGCGGAGUUGGAGCGGGGCAGCGGGAGCGACACCAGCAGUGACAACCCUCCGAGCUCUCCUCGCCCGGGGAUUUUCCAGUCCUGUUUUGCCAAGCCUUCCAAGUCGUGCAGCGGUUCGUAUCUGCCCAAAGAGCUUACAAUGUCUAAAAAAAUCAAUGGAGGCUCUGUGGUUGAGAUGCAAGGGGAUGAAAUGACCCGUGUGAUAUGGGAGCUGAUUAAGGAGAAGCUGAUCCUUCCCUACCUGGAUCUGGAUCUUCACAGGUAUAUCUUCUAUACUGAGGGGGAAAUGUAG